AUGCUUGCAAGCGCGAAGAAAAACCUCCAAUCGAUGGCUUACUUCGGCCUCACAGAAUAUCAGAAGAUCUCUCAAUAUAUAUUCGAAGAGACAUUCAAUCUCCGUUUCGCCAUUCCGUUCGAACAAAACAACUCAACAAUCUCAGGUUCCACCAUCACGACUCUGACACCCGAACAAACCAAACAGAUCGCGGAGUUGAACAGUCUCGACAUCGAACUGUACACGUUCGCGAAGAAGUUGCUGUUCGACAGGUUCGAAAGGUUAAAAGGUAAAGACGUUAACUUCGCGGAAAGGUUCAAACAUUUAGGCGAGCUGUACAUAGGAAACGGACCGACGGAUUUCGAUUGGGAUAAGCUCGAUGACUCGACGGAUACUUACGAUUGA